CCGGGGGGAGCCACGCCGCGCGCACAAAGACAUCCAGUGUGUCGGCCCCGAACGGAAACUCCUAAUGAGAUUAGACGGUGUAUGCAGACAUUACUUAGCCGUGACUAAAUCUGCUCUCUUCCUGUAUACAGAGGCUGGAAAAUUCAACAGGAACCCCGUAAGAAGGAGCCCAGUGGGCCAACACGUGCAAACGUGUUUGAUCGACCUGGGGAGGUCACUGGUCUCCAGGGGUACGACAUCGGCGAGGCGUGGACCCUCUGGCUGCGUCUGAUUGGUGGCCGGACGACGUGGGGCUGAAGGUGGUACCUUGGACAGCGGCGCGCAGAGAUCAUUGCUGCUGAACUUGCCCUCCACGCACAAUGCCCCGUUUCACGAUCCAUAUCCGAGAUGAGUGGCUGGCGGUGCCCUGCCGGGAUACCUCCAACACGGUCCGGUGGCUGGGACAGGAGGCCCUCAAACGUUACAUCAAGAACAAACCAGACAACGGCGGCAUAUCGUGCGUGAAGGACGCGCGGUACGUGGUGCGCAGGUGCCAGGGUUUGGCUCUGUUGGAUGUGGAUGACACCAUCGAGGAUGUUCUGGAGGAUAAUGAUUUUGUCGAACUUGCUAUAGAAGGAGAUGCUAUGUCUACCGACUUCAUCCCGUGUGCACCUGGAGUUUCUCAACUUACAGCAGCAUACAAAGAACCUAAAGAGUAUAUGUUUAUGGAUGGCAUGAGCCUUACUUCGACAGAUCUGGUCGAUUUAGGAAAAGGACUCUACAAGAUAAAGUUGACUCCAGAGGCAGAGAAAAAGGUUGUGCAAUCGAGAGAGCUUUUGGACACCAUUGUCAAAGAAAACAAAGUUGUCUAUGGAAUCACAACGGGUUUCGGCAAAUUUGCCCGGACUGUCAUUCCUGUCAGCAAGCUCAAGGAGCUCCAGGAAAACUUGGUGCGCUCACACUCAUCUGGUGUGGGGAACCCACUCAGCCCCGAGAGGACCCGCAUGCUGCUCGCUCUGAGGAUCAACGUUCUGGCCAAAGGCUACAGUGGGAUUUCCCUGGAAACUCUGCACUCCAUGAUCCAGGCCUUCAACGCUUCAUGCCUGUCCUUCGUCCCGGAGAAGGGAACGGUGGGGGCCAGUGGAGACCUGGCCCCCCUGUCCCACCUGGCGCUGGGGCUGAUGGGAGAGGGUAAAAUGUGGUCUCCAAAGAGUGGCUGGGCAGACGCCAAAUACGUUCUGGAGGCCCAUGGACUAAAGCCAAUAUCUCUAAAGCCUAAAGAGGGUCUAGCGCUGAUCAACGGGACUCAGAUGAUUACCUCCUUAGGGGCAGAGGCCGUGGAGCGAGCGCUGGCCAUCGCCCGGCAGGCAGACAUCAUUGCCGCUCUCUCCCUGGAGGUACUGAAGGGAACCACCAAGGCCUUUGACAGUGACAUCCACGCGCUGCGGCCCCAUCCAGGGCAGAUAGAGGUGGCCACACGAUUCCGCUCCCUGCUGGACUCUGAUCACCACCUAUCUGAGAUUGCAGAAAGUCACAGGUUCUGUGACAGAGUCCAGGAUGCCUACACCAUGCGCUGCUGUCCUCAGGUUCAUGGAAUUGCCAACGACACCAUCAACUUUGUCCAGAACAUCAUAAAUACAGAAAUCAACAGUGCCACCGACAACCCCAUGGUGUUUGCCGAAAGAGGGGAGACAAUCUCAGGUGGAAAUUUCCAUGGCGAGUAUCCAGCUAAGGCACUGGAUUUUUUAGCUAUUGCCGUCCAUGAGUUGGCCUCAAUCAGCGAGAGGAGGAUUGAGAGGUUAUGUAACCCCUCCCUGAGUGAGCUGCCUGCCUUUCUGGUCAAUGAGGGGGGGCUUAACUCCGGCUUCAUGAUUGCCCACUGCACUGCAGCAGCUCUAGUUUCAGAAAAUAAGGUUUUGUGCCACCCUUCCUCUGUGGACUCUUUGUCCACCAGCGCGGCCACAGAGGACCACGUGUCUAUGGGAGGCUGGGCCGCAAGGAAAGCCUUGAGAGUUGUGGAGCAUGUGGAGCAAGUGCUGGCCAUAGAGCUGCUGGCGUCCUGUCAGGGUAUCGAGUUCCUCCGCCCCCUUCGCACCACCACUCCGCUGGAGAAGGUCUAUGAACUUGUGCGCAGUGUUGUCAAACCGUGGAUCAAAGACAGAUUCAUGUCUCCAGACAUUGAAGCUGUUCACCGUCUCCUCCUCGAUCAGAAGGUGUGGAAUGUGGCAAAACCAUACAUUGACAAAUAUCAGUCAGAGUACAUCCCAGAGUCUCGCCCCGUUUCUCCCACCGCAUUCUCCCUGGAUCCACCCGCCUCCCCAAGGAAACGUGUUCGUCAUGAGUGACAACUUUCCCCAAAGCACGUCUACUGUUUAUAAUAACUCAUCAUUUUGAUUAGACUGAAAAUCCAUUAAAAUCCAACCAAGUCUUGUGAUGUUAUAGCAACUAAAGAAUAAGCGGUAUUUCUUAUACAGUAGAUUUCUCUGAUGAUAACUUAGUGAUCAGCUUGUGUGUAUAUGGCCCUCCACCAGUGUGAAGUAGAGUAGUAGUUUUUUUAGACUGUCAUCCCUUUAAAAUAUGCUUCACUUGCUUUACCUGCCAUGUGAAUACCUCUGCCUUUUUACAGAUGUGACAACCAUAUUUAGAUGAUUACAGAUUUUUUUAACUGGUGCAGUUA